AUGCGGCAGGAGCUUGUGCAAACUGCUGAUGCGGGGGCAGGUUUCGAUGAGGAAGAGCCUUUGGAAGCAGCAGCAGCAGCAGCAGCAGCAGCAGAAAGAGUUUCUUUUUGUCAUUUGUCUUCCGCCAUUGAAGGCGCCACAAAAGUCUACGGCUACAGAGUCGAAGCUGUUUACGACCAGACCUACCACCUGCUGAAUGGUUUGUCGAGCCUGAAGAACAGCAGCAACGGCGUGGAAGACGACGAGGAGCAGCAGCAGCAGCAGCAGCAGCAGCAGCAGCAAGGCAGCAAACGGAAGCAGCGGCAGCAGCAGCAGCAGCUGGCGCUGUUCUCCAAAGGCGGCAGCAGCACUUUGGCAGACCCUCAAGACAUUCUUAACGAGCAGCAAGACACGGGAGUCCUCAUUGACCCCUUCUUCGUGAAAAUGGCGAGUUUGUUUGACCAAGCAGGAGCUGAGGGUUUGCUGCUGCAGAACAUCCAAAUUGAUGGAUCUCUUUCGCUGCGGCUUUAUGGAGAAGCAGCAGCAUUUCCGGAAGCAGCAGCAGCAGCAGCAGCAACAGCAGCAGCAGCAGCAGCAGACCGCUGCAGCCUCGACCCCAACGUCCUCAUAGACUUGGUGGUCGGGGGAUCAAACCGCCCAUUAGACACUUCAAUCUGCAGCGAAGCCAUUCGCCACUUUACCCAGCAAGUCGAGGAACUGAGAAAUGCAGUUGAAGGACAGCUGCCUGAAGCAGAAGAAACGAAUGGGAGCGUUCCUGAAGGUUUAGGAGUUGAGGGCGCAGAGGAACCUGAAGAAGGUGGCGAUGAUUUGCUGCUAGGGUUUGAAAUGGAGGAAGCAGCAGCAAAUGAAGCAGCAAACGCCUGGGAGCAGCAGCAGCAGCAGCAGCAGCAGCAGCAGCAGCUAAACCCCACGGGGCAAGACCAGCAGCAGCAGCAGCAGCAAGAAGAUUUGUACAAUUAUCUAGACACUGCAGCGAUGGAUUUUGCUGCUGAUGAAUAUUCGAGGCCGGAGGAUGAUAUCGGCACGGCGAACUACUCUUUGCUGACAGCAACUGCAGCAGAAAAGGAAUGGGAGGCUUUGAAAGGGAAGGGUCCCGUUCGCCGCACUGCAGCAGCAGCAGCAGCAGCAGCAGCAGCAGCAGACCCAGCAGCAGCAGCAGCAGCAGCAGGAAAAUCGCAGCAGCUUCUUGCUGCCCUCGACCCUUUUCUUGUCGAUAUGACAAAUCUAAAUAAACCCCUAAACCUCCACCCCCUUCUCAAGGCGGAGAGAUGCAACCCGCCGGCCCCAAAGCCGAUCGACAACAUCUUCGUCGCGUGGGACAUGACCAGCAGCCCUUUUGCUGCUUCGCCGCAGCAAAUGGUUUCUUUAUCUCUUCUUGCUUUUAAACAAAUCCAAUUUGCUGCUGCGGGGCCGCAAACCCCCAGCCUCGUUGACGCGCAGCAAGCCCCAGGAGGGGUUUGGAGGGGUGGGCUGCAACGUCGGUGUGAGGGGCUGGUGGUGGAAAUCAAGGGAGGUGCUGCAAUGGGCUACCAAGACGACGGAGGGUUUGAAGCAUCUGAUGAGGCAUUUGGAUUAGAAGAAGAUUCUGCUGCUGCUCCAAACAACGGCGCGUUUGUGUCUCGGCUAUUUGACCCUCGAGGGUCUGGAGAGACAAAUGGAAUGAGUCUUGUGGAGGCCCCGCAAACUGAGCUGCGGCUGUCUUUGACUUCUCGCUACGUGGACGUGGCAGCAGUUAAGGAAACCCUAAAAAAGGUUUUGAAAGAAAACGAAAACAAAAAAGCAAAAAAAGAUGAAGAAGCAGCAGACAAAGAGGAAGCAGCAGCAGCAGCUCAAGAGUCUCAAAACGACGACGGCAUUGAGUUUAGCGAGCUAUAUCACAAAACAACUGAUCUGCUGCAAGCAACAGCAAAAGGGAGCUGCAGCCCUCAAAUGUUUUUCGUUUGUCUCCUCUACACGGCCAACGAUGAAUGCCUUCUUCUUUCCCCCUCUGCGUCUGGGGGCUCUUUCAAAGUCCGCAGCAAAGCUUCGCUAGCUGAGCAGCUAGCUAGCGAUUGGCUAGCUAGCCAAGCCUUAGCAGCAGCAGCUAGCUACUCCCCGCUGGACUUGAGGGCUUUCGGGCGCAAAGCAGCAGCAGCAGCAGCAGCAGCAGCAGCGGGGGGGGAGCAGCAGCAGCUGCUGCAGCUGGAGGAUGAGGAGGAGGAAGAGGAGGAGGAGCAGCAGCAGCAGCAGCUGCAGCAGCAGCAGCAGCAGCAGCAGCAGAGGAGCAAUAAACGCCGCAGAGCAGCAGACACAGAUCAGCCUGAAGCGGAAGCUGCAGCUGCGCCAAAGAAAGCAGCAGCAGCAGCAGCAGCAGCAGCAGCAGCAGCAACUGCUGGUAGUGCCCCUACGAAGCCUAGAAGCAAGAGACAGAAGCAGCAGCAGCAGCAGCAGCAGCAGCAGCAGCAAAGCGCUGCAGCAAACCCUAAAAGACAGAAGAGACUCAAACGCCCGCUGCAGCACUCCCGGAGCAGCAGCAGCAGCAGCAGCAGCAGCAGCAGCGACGCAGCAACAGAUGAAGAGAUAGUCACCUGA